GGCCGGAGGAGCGCGGGUGGGCGGUGCGCGGGUUGCGCCGCUCUUCUCGAGCAGCAGGGAUUGUCAGCGCCGCCGGGUUAGGCGCACUUUUCGGUCGCCGGCGCCUCCGGGAUGGCGCGGUGGCCAUUUCUGCUUGUGGCUGCCCUUGUCUCCGCCGUAGCCCUGGGUGCUGGACCCCACAGGCUUCAGUAUGAGCUCACGGAGACCCAGGAUGCCUCCCUGCCCUCGAGAUUUGUUGCCAAGAAAUAUUUGUACCAUCGGCUCAUCCUGUGUGAUGACAAUAAGAACGGCAGACCGAAGCCCCAAGGCCUGCUGGCACAAUUGGUCCUGGGGGCCAUAGUGACCAGUGGCUUUGCAGAGGACAGAAAGGACCUGCAGAUGAAGCUGGCAGAUAUCAGGGGAAAGCUGAGACAGAAAGGAGGCUCCCAUUCCCUCCAGGAGAUUCAGGACUGUGAGAUCCAGGAAGAAACCACCACCACCAGGCUCUUCUGGCGUUUCAUCUAUGAUGGGGAGCCCUUCCUCUUCUAUAACGAGACGACCCAUGAAUGGGAAGCACCCCAGUCCUCAUUUCAGCCCUUGGCUAUGGAAGUCAAGAACUCCUGGGGCACAAGAAACAUCAUAAACAAUAUUGCCUGGGCCAAUGUGCGUAAUGACGUUUGUCAGAAACUGAGGAGAUAUCAGGAAGAGUGGAUGAACAUCACUAAGAGAAAUGCCAUGAAUGGUAUCUGCAGCCAGGCCUCGGAUGGCGUUGCCAGCGGGUUGUGCUGGGCACCCGGCUUCUCUCUCUGGAAUAUCUCACUGGUCUGGCCUCAGGACGAUGCGCCCAUGAGCCUGAAUGCCCAGCUGACUGGGGCUGUAUUGUCUUAUGAGAACGGGACCUAUUGUGCCAGGGUGGCCCCAAAGGUUCCCCAAGGAGAGGAGCAAAGGUUCACCUACUCCAUGGAACACAGCGGGAAUCACUUCAUGACCUAUGGAAAGGAGCCGGUGCAUCAGCGUCCAUGGCCAGCUGUGUCCUGGGGUAUCGCUGCAGCUGCCGCUGUCACUGUCCUUGUCGCUGCUGUCCUUCUUUAUAAUUUUGGGCUUAGGAAGACAUCAGCUGGGGAGCAUGCAGGCCCUGAUAUUGUGCAAGACUCAAGCCAACACCAGGUGGCGCCAACAGCCCUUCACUGGACCAGGGCACAGGGCUGUCAGCCUCUGUUGUCAGCCCCUGAGUCCAGGAACUCAACUGGGGAUGCUUAGCAUCAGCACAUUGGGCCUGGACUCACUGCCUGCGCCCCUCUACCAGCAAUCUUACUCUUGGUGCUUCCAGUUUUUCGUCUAUGUAUGUAUGUGUAUUUGUGUACAUACCCAUAUGCUUGAAUUAUUUGUGCAAUAUUACAGAGUUUUAUAACUAAACAUAUAUAUCUGGUGUGUGUAUUAUUUCAUGUGGCUGGGAAGGGAUAGUAUGAGGUUGUGGGGAGAGGGAGAGGUACAUACAGCGCUAAAAAAUUCCCAGCUCCUGCUCCCCAGCUCCCAGUACUGCCAGACUCACUGACAGACUUCAGCACAAAGGAGAAGCUGGAGAGGCUGGAAUGGGGCAUCUGGGGCCAGUGCUCAGGGCCUGAGCCUGGGGGGACUCUGCCCUGAUGGUGGGAGCUCACGUGAUGGAGCAGAGCUGAUCUCGGGAAAAGACAGGGACACUGCAUUGGGGUGAUCUUGUGACAGGGUAAUCCCCUGGGUCUGUGCCCCCCGGGAAGGAAGGGUGGGGUUGAGCAGGGAGGAGAAGCUAGAGAAGACCUGGAGAAGGCAGGAAGGGGAACAUGAGGGGGUUU